AAAUUUAACAAUGUGCACUAGAUACUGCUUUUAGCAAAAGUAUUUGUUCUUUCGUUAUCUUGUGCAAUACAUGCAUGUAUUGACGUAUUUUGUUUUUAUUAAUAAAAACUGGCGAAACAGCUCCUGAGCGGAAAUAAAGAAUAAAUUUGCGCGCAUGCGUUGUGUUGACUAUACGCAUGGAAAAUGGAUGAGCUUCAGUCAUGGUGGGAAGUGCCAAGCAUUGCCCACUUUUGUUCGCUGUUCAGAUCAGCCUUCAAUUUGACAGACUUUGAUAUUGAGGACUUAGAAAGGGAACUGAUUAAUUCUGAAGAAGAAGAGGGAAGUGAAUUUAUUCGAGAUAUUCUUUGCAGACUUCUAAAUGGGUGUUAUAGCCGUAAGGAUGUCACGUCAGAAAAUUAUGAUAUUUAUGUGAAGGACAUUAUCAAGUACAAAUGGGAUGGGUCGUCCAGUCCUAUCUUGGAAAAGUCAGAAUUCAAACAACUUACCUUGCGUGAGAAAGUGGAGCUUUUACUGGCCAUCUGUGAAUUCAGAUUAGAUACAGAAGAUGUUGUUGAGCAACUUAAGGGGUUUGAAGGUGACAGUAUGCGUGUUGAGCCCCUGGGAAAGGACAAGGAGGGGUCUUCUUACUGGUACUUCUAUGGGACCAGGCUUUAUAAAGAGGACCCACUACCCAAGAAAGAGCUGCCCAAAGAAGAGAAAAAGGCUCAGGAAAAGAAACACAGAGAAGAGCUAAAACAGAAAAAGAAAGAGGAAAGAAAGCAAAAGAAGACUAAUAAAAACAAGCUUAAAGAAGCUAAACAAGUAGAAUCUAAGAGAACCACAAAGUCUGUUGAAGAAGAUGAUUGCAAUGUACGCAGAAGUGGUCGUAUUCGGAAAAAGAAAGUUGUUUUGAAAGAAAGCUCCUCUUCUGAGAGUAAGACCUCCAGCUCUGAGGAGGAGGAGAGUGACUCAGGCGAUGACCAGCCUGUCGAGGAGAAAACACCUGCUAAAGGCAGAGGCAGGGGUAGAACUACAAAGGAAGAUGGAGAAGGGAAAACACCUCGAGGUGAUAAAACUCCUUCUGGACAGAAAGAAAAUACUGGCAGGGGCAGACGUACAAGCAGCACCAAAGACAGGGAUGUGUGUGCAGAGGCGACUCCCAAGAAAACCCCUGGCACACAGAGAGGUCGAAGGCGUGGCAAGGUGGAGACCCCGCCCCCUACACCACAGCACUAUGACAGUGACACAGAGAAUGAGGACAUUGACAGUGGUCACGAGUCAGCUGCGUCCGAGGGGUCAAAGUUGUCAGCCAGGUCAGAGGUCAGCCUUACACCCCAGGUUGUCCAGGGGCCAUCACGACGACCCACAGUGAAUCUCAGUCUGCGUAGGGACCUCAGUAAGCCCAGUCCUGAGGAGGAGGAACUGGAAGGAACUGAUGACCUCCCUAAGAAACAGGAUGAUGAAGAAGAAGACAAUGAUCUGACAAAUGUAAAAGAUGAAGAUCCUGACAAAACUGACAGCAAAGAUGAACAUGAUGCUGUGAUGUUAAAUGGAAAUGAAGAGACCAAUGCAAAAGAACAGUCAGGCAUUUCUAAAAAGAUCGAAAUAGAAACCUCAACAGAUAUAGAUGCAGUAAAACCAAAGUCUGACAUUUCUGAACAAAAAUCUAAUACUCCUGAUAGUAAGAGAGUAGAAUAUUGUGACAGUAUAGGAAAAGAGAUUAGGACUGAAGCAAUGGAAUGUGAAGAUCAGAUAAAAUGUAAUGUAAAAACUGAGCAAAAUAUGGAUGUAACAAGUGAUAGGGAGAAACCUGAUGAUAAAUUUUCAAAAACAGAGGAUUUGGACAGUGAAAAUGGGACAGACAAUCUGGAAUUUCAAUUUAAAAGUGCAGAUGACUCAAAAACAGAGACACAAACUUAUCAUAAGCAGAAAAGUAAAAUUAAAACUGAAAUAGAACAAGAAGUAAAUGAACUGGAAAAAGAACCUUGUUUUUCAAAAGAAGGCAGACAACUGAGGUCAGCAUUCAAACCAAAACCUGAUGAGAAUGGGGAAACAGAGACAGAAGAUAAGGAAUCGGAAUCCAAGACUUUGGCAGAGAUGCGACAGAAAGUCUUGAGCCCAGGGCCUGCUAAAGAACCAGAGGUAUCUAAGUCCACCACACGCUGGCACGUAGUUUGUACCACAUUGGAUGACUGGAUUAAUCUAGCGGAGUGGUACAAGGAAAGUCCAGUAAGAUGUGAGAAGGCGCUGUCAAAGAUAAUAAGAGAAGAUUUCCUGCCAGUUCUACCUGAGAUUAUUGAAGCAAGGGAGAAGGAGCGCCAGAAGCGUUUGUUGUUGGAGCAGGAAGUGAGGAGGUCUGACAGAAUCACUGCGAAGAUGAGGGAAAAGAUAGAACAGGAGCGUAUCCUAGCGGAGGCCAUGAUUGAGGAAGAGAAGGCACGGAUCAAGGUUGAAGAGGAGCGCCGCCUCAAGGAGGAGCAGCUGAAGUUGGAGGAGGAAAAUAAGCAGAGAGAGGAGAGGAGGAAAGCCAGGGAAGAGCGAGCCAAGCGCCUGUCCAUGCGUGAGGAGCGGGCCAGGCUGGUUGCAGAGGGCAAGGAGAUCCCUCCAGAGCUCAUCUACACCGGCACACAGAAGUACAAGGAUGACGAGGACUCUGAUGAUAGCAGAACGGAUUUGAAAGAUGACGAAGAUUAUGAAGCUCUGAUGAAAGUGGUGAAUGCUAUGAAGUAUCACAAGGACUGCUGGCCGUUCCUGGAGCCAGUCACUGACGAGGUGGCCCCUGGAUACAGCGAUGUCAUUAAGCGCCCUAUGGACUUGUCCAGAAUCGAGUCAAAGGUUGAGAGCCGUGAGUACAAGUGUACUCAGCACUUCCUGUCAGAUUUCCGCCUCAUGUUCAACAAUUGCAAGCGGUUCAAUGGCGCCGAAAGUGAAUUUUCUGAGUGUGCCCGGGUCAUGGAAGGCAUGCUGAAGAAGUAUGCAAAGCGCUUCCUAAGGGAAGAACACUCAGACAAAUACUAUGACGACAAGGAUUUCCACGUUAACGCAGGCCGAGGAAACCCAGGCGAAAAGAAAUUCAGACCCAAGCGUGCUGCAAGCUCUAAGGCCAUGGAAACCGUGCAGAAGGCUCUGAAAGGGGGUGGCGAGGAGGAAGCAAGUUCUGAGGAAGAAGAGACCAACAGAAGGAAAGGGAAGGCACCGUUCAAACAACCUUCACACCAUGAUGACCUUGUUCUCAAGGAGAUGAUAGAGAUGAAGCGCCAACGGGAGCGCAAUCUUGCCAUAUCAGCUCUGCAAAACCACAAGGUGAUUACCAGGGGUCCAGAAAGGGUGCAGCUGACUGCCCCUACUGGCGGUGUCAUGAUAGUGCCCAAGAGCGAGCUGAACUCCAGUGGCGUUCUCCGCAUGGCUGCCACACGCGAAAUACGCAGGAAAGUGAUGGCCAAGCCUCAAGGCUCCCCAUCGACAGGAGCAAGCCCAGGAACAUCAGUUGUCCAGCAUGAUAGUGGGCUCAAUAUCAUUGAUCAUUCCAUACCCGGUUCUACUCAGCCCAAAACAAUACGCAUUGUUGCCAGUGGUACUGGUCCACAGGCUGUGAAGGAGACUGCAGAAAGUGUGCGAGUUUCUGCUGAUGGUUUUCUGUUUAUUGGUGGUAGGAACUCUGGAAUUAAAGUCACUGGGACUACCAAGAUAGUUAUCCAGCCCCAGGGUGCUGCUGUGACCACAGCCAGUGCUUCUAGGGGACAGAGUCCAGCUAUGUCAACACAGGCCCAAGGUCAGUCUUCGACAACAAUUGGGACCUCUCCUGGAACGGGUCAGUUGAAGAGGUCAGCACCAUCUGGCCUUCACACAGUGGCGGGUAUGACCCUCAGCAGUGCCAGUUCAGUUCUGCCAAGGAUGAUCCAGGCCCAGCCAAAGCUUUCAGCUCAAAAUAACACGUUAACAACUGGAGCUUCAAUUGCUCAGUCACAAUUAACACCUGAAUUACAGAGAAAGUUGGACAUAGCUCAACAAAUAAUGAUGAUUAAUUCACAAAAGAAGCUACAGCAGCAGCAACAACAGCAGAAUGCAAGUAAUAAUACAUUGUCAACAUCAAGUCCAGCAAAGAUAAUCAAAUUAUCUGUUCCAACUGUGAGGCAAUCAAUUGAGGAACAGUUGAGAGACAAUUCCCAGCAAUCUAUAGAAGAACGAUUGAUGGAUCCAAACUUUGACUCAACAGUCGGAUCUGUGUCCCAGAGUGUGAUAAGUAAUGUCAAUAUUGCUAGUGAUAUCCUUGACACUUACUAUAGUGAAUUAAAUGAUGGCAAGUCCAAAAAAGCACAGGCUAAUGCAUUCAAGCCUAAGAUCCAAUUGUCCAAUCUGCCAUCAGCGGCUAAUCAUAGUGUGUCUACAAGUGCCAGUCCAGUUUUAAGCAGCAGUGCUCCUACCCUUACUGCCGUCCCUAGUCCAGCCAGGAAUACUUCAAAUGUAGCGUCCAGUGAGCAAAAUCAGAGUGCUAUGCCAAGUGGAACAACAAUAAACCAACAAAUGGUCAAUUUGUUAAAACUGACUCAAGUGCAACAAAAUCUCCCUCAGUCCACGAUGCCAGUUAUUUCAGAAACGGCUUCAUCAGCAAUUAGGACGCCUUUGUCCUCUGUAACUCAGCUCUUCUCAAGUGGUAAUUCAGUGUCAGAAAUGCUUAAAAACGCUCUACUGACAGGAAAUCUGCAAAAAUUUAUCAAAUCUGGCACAGAAAAAUCAUCGUCGUCUACUUCUUUAAGUAUUGGAAGCUUAGCCACAACAACUAGUCCUGUGGCCUUGAAGGUUCAAGAGAACCAACCUCAGCCUAGUAAUGGGCAUCAAUCUGAAGAAAAUCCAGUCCAAAGGAACUUGUCAAAGAACACAGUUUUAUCUUCUUCAACAGCUAUUUUACAAUUAACAAACCCGCAAGUGGCUAGUUCACAGAUGUCAACCCCCAAAGUAAGUGUAGGGAACAUAGCAAACUCUCAAAUCAGUGGUGAACAGCUUAGCAGUGUACAUAUUGGAAGUAUACAUGUUAGUGCACCUCAGCAGAAUGUUGCAAGCAGCAUCACUAACAUCACUCCUGCAAAUAUGGAAGUCAUACAGCGUGUAAUACAGCUUGCAAAACAACAUAAAGAACAACAGCUGCUGCAACAACAACAGCAACAAUUACAGCAGGAUCAGCUGUUACAGCAACCACCUCAACAGGAGCAUCUUAUGUUGAACCAGCUCUCACAAGUGUUAAGUCAUCACCAGCAGCAACAACAACAGCAGCAACAACAACAGCAGCAGUCUGUAUAUGCCCAACCAGACAAUCAGCAAGGAGCUUCAAACCCACUUAAUCACCAACAACAGCAGCAGUUACUGAAGGCUCAGUUACUUCAGCAGCUACAGGCCCACCAGAAGGCACAACAAAUGCCAGGCUCCCAACAGACCCAAAAAUUGUCACAGCAACUGCUUCAGCACUUACUAGGAGGCUUUGUGGGCCCAUCAGUCCAAAGUGUCACAUCCAAUAGUCCUGUCCUUUCAAUGACUGCUGUUGCAACGACUUCCACGUAUGGGGAAUCUUAUGUUCAGCAUACUCCAGCCCAAAUACUGCCAUCUUCCUUGCAGCAUUCAGCAGACGGUCACCUUGUUACAAAUACUAAUGUAAACAUGCCAGUAAUCUCGUCCCAAAGCAUCGCAGAAAACAACUCCAGGCAAUUGUCUUCACAAGAUGUGAACCAGAAUCAAAACCAGGUUGUGAUGGGCGGUGCAAGCAUGUCAUCUCUACCUAAAUCCAACAGGCAAGGCGUGUUUGAUGUGUUUUCAAAUUCUAGUGAUGAGGUGGAGAUGGACUGUGCCCCCGGGGCGACCUCGGAGGGGGUCACUGAUGAUCGGUCAGCCUCCAAACUGCGUCAGCAGAAGGUCAUGAAGAUGGGUUUGGCGGGCACGGUCAAUUUUGGGUCACCUUUGAGGACAGCCUCUGUUAUGGAGGCUUUGAAGAGCAAGCUGCAUUUGCCCAAACAUGAAACACAGGAAAAGAUGUCUGGUCUGACCGUAAGUGAAGGAAACAGCCUUCCAUCAAGUACUAUGACUCCAGAAAUGUUUCAACAGGUCUCGUUUGCUCUAUCCCAGCAGCUUCAGUCAGGGGACACCAUUAUGCAACAGUUUAAUAGCACAAGCGCAACCUAUCCAAUCAUAGCACAAGAUCAGCUGUACACUGUUGUUACUAUGCCAUCGGUUGAUAUGGAGACAGCAGAAUGUGAAUAUCAAGGUCAUCUUCCCCAAGAACAGUCUGCAGGCUCUCAGAACAUUGUUAAUGAUGAUGUGUUCAGUUCUCAGAGUGGAACUGAAAUUGUUAGCUAUGAAGAUGAAAAUGUGACCAUGGGUGCGAAUGAGGGAACUAUGUAUUUUAUGCAUACAGAACAGGGUGGCCAGUUAGAUGGGAUGACAUUUGUUACGAGCUACGACUCAGAAGCAUCUGAUGCAGGUGCUAUCGAACAAAUGUUGACAAACGAGCAGGCACAUCUAGUGAGCAGUUCAAUAUAUAAUACUAACCAUAGCAUGGGUAUUAAUUCAACAGUGACAGCCAAUGUGACUGUACAGUCUAUUCCAGUGAGUAUGGAUGUAAGUGCAAGUGGUUACCAGAGCCCUGGAGAGACUUCUGUAGAUAAUGCUGUGUAUGCCUCCGGGGAACCUUUGUACAACGGGAACUAUUACCCUGUCACAUUCACCAGUGGUAAUGAUGAUGGGCAGGCUGAACCAGAGUCUACAGAUACCAUGGUUACCCACCUUGACGAUGGCAGCAUCUAACAAAGUACUGACUAGGGAAUAUCACACUUCACAGUGUCAACAGAAACUGGGAUACUGUGCUGAGUAUCUAAUGCUGCAUGAAGCUCAAGAUUUCUACACCUGGAAUUUUAUUAACUCUUGCAAUAAAUAUUAUACAUCACCACAGUUACAUAACUAUGUUCUUUGAAAAAAUAAAAUAAAGAUACUUCAGAUGUGUGUCUACUUCAUACCCUUACAUUAAAAAAUAUCCUACACAAUCAGAAAUAUAAUAAAAUGGAUGGUGGUUUAAGUUGCUACACAUCCAAUGUUGUCAUGUAAUCAUUUAACAUAACAUGUGAUUUGUUGACAUGACUAUUAACACUGCUAAGAAAACAUUUACUUUGAAUUAAAAUAAGUGUCCCUGGUCAAAUGUCCAUUGGCUUAAUAUUCAUAAGGGUGAAACUUUCACCUGCAUCACAGUCAUCCUUAAUUGGUUGUGUGUUAAGCUAUCCCAAUUAACUACCCGUCAUGGCAGAUUUGUUCAAAAGAAGACGAGUAUCAAUAUUUGAAGAAUUGUUAUUGCUUUUACAGUCUUGACGCUAACCCCUAGCCCGACAGCCCGGGGCUAGUGAUAUGUAUUAAAUUUGGGCUAUUAAAGUUUCCGGAUUCAUAUAGUCGGGCAAGUGGGUAUUUUUCGGCGUAAGCUGUAUUAAGCCAGCUUUUCACCCUGACUUGACCUUUGUAAGUGUCCAAUAAUACUCAAAUAAAACUUCCCGCGGCUAGGUACGAAUGAAUACACUUCAUUUAUUCCAUUGGCUGAUUUGAGUAUAACACCAGAACAUUGGAAACAUAUCCGCGUCUUUUUAACAAUGUUUUACUGCAUGAAACAAUUUUAUCUCUAAUGAAAAGGCUCAAUAGAUAGAACAGCUUUACAAUCAAUUUUCUACAUAAAUACAGUUUGUGCGUUCACCUUGUAUUUUCAGAGAAUUACCAGCGCAAAAGCGUUUAUACUAAAGGCUAUGUUGUCAUAUUUAGUACUUACUUGCCUUGCAUUUCAACCCGCGAGGUUUCGGGUCAAUUCGCGGCCAUUUGUGAAAGUCAGAGUUUAUAUACAGUUCAUCACCGGAGUUCGCAGAAGGGGUUGCGAUCAUUGUGUUACACCGGUCUUACUGACAAAUACGUAGUGACUGUAAUGCAUUGCAUUCCGAUCCGCAAGGUAUCAAGGUCAGUUUGCGGUCAGUUGCAGAAAUCUUUAUAUAAACGCCGUCUCGUAAACUUUGUGCACUUGAAGUUUGUUUUGAUCAGAAAGAUACUAAAAAAAGAUAUUCGGCGAUAUUAUUGUGGUAUGUCAAUCAUCGAUUUUUAAUAUGGUUUCAACAUUUGCAUGAUAAGGACCAAUUUUGAUAAAAUUAAUUAGAAAUAUUUAUCCAUUUAGACCAGUUUAUUAAGCAUGAGCACAAUAAUUCACUAUACUAUAAUUAUGCUUAUUUUUAAAAAUUUGCUUAUGAUGUAGCUAAGAACUGCGCAGAAAAAAGGCAUCCGCUACUUUUUAUCUCAUAGAGAUAACUUUUGAUCGUUCAUAAACAUCGACCACAAUCAACGCCGUAUAUCUUUUUUAAAGAUAUUUCUUGUUAUCUGUUCUAUUAAAGCAUAAAGAUUCAGGCUGCCGUUAGUUGUUCAAAAAUGCUAAAGUGAAGACUGCUUGUAUAUGCUGGUUAGUCUGAGACAUUCCAACAAGUAAUAACUGUUACAGUUAAAAUAUUUGCUCAUUAAAGUGUGUAUGUGCAGGAGCUUGUGUGUGUGUUUGGUACAAGCUCAUCUCAAAAACUGAUUCACUAUUUAGUUUUUAACCUAAUAGAAGUAAAACCGGACUGUAAAAUGAAUACUAUCAUUGUAGAGAUUUUGUUGUUGGGAUGAAAUAUUAUAAAUUGUAAUCCCUAUGAUUAACACAGAAAACAUUAACCGAACGCUUAUUCCUGUUGGUGUAGCAGAGCCAAAAGACGUGGAAGUAUAGAUGGUUAAUGGAUGAUGUUCCUUAUGAUAGUACUAGUAGGUACCAGUUGGUUUGUCUUUUUGAAUACAUCUGAUAGUACAGUCCAACCUGCCCGAGCGACCGCCUGUUAAUAGCGACCAACAGUCAAUAACGACCACACCGAUUUUCUCCCGAACGAUUUCACUAUAUAUUGAACCUGCGAAUAAAGCCCACCUGUGAACAAAAACCAACGACCACCCUUUUACAUUCCCAAAUCUCCAUUUUUGAUAGCUUACAACGACCACUGUUAUCAUAAAAAUCAACGAUUUCGCAACUUCCAAAAAACAAAAUGGCCGCCAGAACGCUGCGUAGUCACGUGAUACACAUCUUACCAGUGGACACGUCGGUCGCUAUGGAGAUAUUGACAGUUUAUUGCACUCGAUAGUAGUUGUUUGUUUAUUUAACAUGAAUUGCUAAUUGGUAGUCGCCUGCUUCUUUUAUGCAAUUGGCAGUUUGUCAAAAGUGUAAAAAUUUGCCUUUGUAUUUAAGUGACUCGCGAUUAAUGUACUAAUUGCCGAAAAUAUCAAAGACAAAUUUGGGGCUUUCAUAAACUCAUUAAGGAAAUUAACGGUUUCAUAUCAUUUACGAUGCCUAUUAAAGACAAACAUUUUGAUAGUCAUUCACUUCUUAAAUUUCUCCGUAAUAAGACGUUCAUAGAUUAUAGAAAAGUAAAUUGUCAGUUCAAUGUAACCAUCAUGGCUUCCAAGCGUAAGUUCUUGACGUUGGAAGAACGCGUUAAGGUCAUUAGUUUGUUAGGUAAAGGACACAGUUGUAGACGAGUGGCAAGUGAUCUUGGUGUAGGAAAAACUCAAAUUCAGAGCAUUUUAAAGCGUAACCAUGAGAUUAUGGAUGAAUUCGAGGAGAACGUAAACUGUGAAAGUAAACGCCCUAAGCGUGAGUCGGAAUUCGCGUCAGUGAAUGACUUAAUGCAUUUACUGGUUGUGUAGUAGUGAUUCAUGUAUUUCAUGUAUAAAUGUUUGCUAUGUUAUGUGUAUUUUGUACUUUGUUCUUUGUACAAUUACAUGUACAUCUACGUAUACAUGUAUGUCAAUAGUUAUUUAUACAGUAUAUGAUAAAUUAAAUAAAUAAUAAAAACAUAAGGGAAUAGAAACACAACAUGUAAUAAAUAUACAAAUGUAAAACAAAA